AUGCCCCCCACAGACAAUAGGAAAGAUGAUGAAGCUCACGAGCCUGCCCGAGAGGGCGACCGCGAGAAGGAUAGAGAGCGGGACAAAGGCGGGAAGUCGAAGGGUUCUGCGAAGACCAAGGACCUCUCUCAUGUACCUUUCCUCGAACCAGGUCAACAGAAGGAGGUAUGCGCUUGGUUUAUGAAGGGAAACUGCAAGUUCGGCCAUAAAUGUGCACUCGCGCAUAUUCUACCCGGACAGAGCAUGUCUAUGGACAGGAAGAACAAAAAGGCCGCCCAACUUGCUGCUAACGCUGCCAAUACUGCUGCCGGAGGUGGAAGAGAUGGUGGAAGAGGCGGCGGUCGAUCUGGCAAGGGCGGUUCUCAAGGCGGAGGGAAUGGGGGUUCGCAGUCCCGCAAUCCACUACUCUCCGGAUCGACGGCGCCUACUCGUGCAAUCUCUAAUACUUCACGUACGGCCAUACCUAUGCCACUCAAGGCCACCUUGUCGCCGUCCACGCCUGCUCCUCCCGUUAAAGACACCGAUUUCGCUUCAUUCGGCCUACCCGAUGAGAGCAACAAACUGCCCACUGCACCUGCUCAACGAAAGUCGUCUGCCGCGCAGGGCAGCGCGAACUCGUCUGAAUUCGUACAAGACAUAACCCAGGUCGAAACCGAAAAGGCUGAUGAAUCAUCUACGAGCGAGAACGUAUCUCUUUCGCCCAUUCCUGUCAGCACACCUUCGGCGCCUCGCCGUGUCGGGAACGCUCAACACAGUUCUCCUAAUGGUGUUGACUUCGGACCCAUUGGUUCCCCUCCACGCGCUUCGUCAUCUGUCACCAGGACGUCGCGGAUUAACGGGUUCUCUCCUGGUACGUCUCCUAAUGCCGCUGCUGGUCUGCCUGCGUCGCCUUUCUCCGCUCCUGGAACUCAGACGGUAUUCGUAAUCAACGACGCCGAUGACUCUGCCAAUGGUUUUAAAGGUCGUUCCGGUCUAUCUGCCUCCCUUGGUACCAUGAUGAACUGGUCAACCGACCGCCAUCCACGCGGUAUGAAUGCGCGUGGGGUGGCGGGUGAGGUCGUUGUGGAAGACGAAGACUUUGAGGAGUUUAUCCCAAGUUCCUUGACGGACCUUCUCACUCCCGAAGAACGGUCUAGGCGGUUUUCGCGCACAAAUGGCAAUCGCCCUACUAUGAUCAGUCCGGAACAUGAUACGAUGAGCGGCCAGCGAUCAUCAGCCGAAGGGCAUAGAUAUUCGCGCUCGGUCCCUGCACCGUCUUUAAUGCAGGAUAUUCGCUCGAUAUGGGCUGAUAGUGGGAACGGAAACGAGAUUGGUGGCUCUGGAGGAUCCGUCUUGGGGGGCGGUUUAGGUAAUGGCACUCCCAGUUCAUUCCAGUCCAACUCUGGGCUGUCAGGCAGGUUACCUGUCGAAGAGAUGCUCGCGCCUUCAAACGCGUCUGCUGCAUUCUUGCCUGGCCUUCAUCAUAAUUACAUGAAUGCGAAAAACCAACGAUCCAAUUUACUCUCUGGGAUGUCGUCUUUGCAUGCAAACGCUAGUAACAAUAUAUCGCAUAAUAUCCAUCCGAGCGCCUACGGAGCCGGUCUCAACGCAGGGGCACUCUCUCCUCCUCGUACUAGUGUGUUGGGGAAUCGUACGUCGUUGGAUUAUAUCUCUGCUGACGUGAACGUUUCUCAAUCCACUCACCUGCGCGCAUCUGGUCGCACCAUUCUAGGCGGUAACGAUGCGUUCGCACAGGAUGUAGACGAUCGACGGAGUGCAGCGUCUCCCUCGGCGAGAGCAUUGCAAGCUCAUGCUCCUGGGCAGAGUCUUCCGCAAGGUCUUGCUGCUGGAUACUCCCGUAUACAUGCUCAGCCACCGCCUGUCAUCGCCUCACCUUCAACUCCAGGGGCAUUCAGCCAGUUGGGUGGUUUCUCUCCGGGAACAAAGGUAUUUGGCCAUGCCCAGAGCGCAUCAGGCGAAUGGCAUAGCAUGUCACCUGGAACUGGAAACUCGCUGGAUCAGCUCUCACAAAGUAUUACGGCGCAGACAUCGAUUAACCCCGGCACGACUUCUAUGGGUGGCUUGGAAGCCAUGUUCUCUCGUUUAUCAUAUUCUGCUGCCGCUUCGCGUGGUGGCACAACGCCUAUGGGUAGUGGAGCGCGUAAUCCAAGCGGACGAAGCUACAACCCUCAAGGUUCACUGAGUCCGUUGAGUGGGCCAGUGCUUACUGGCGACGACGACGAUCUAUUCAGCAUGGAUGGCUGA